GGCACUAUUGGAUCCGAUUGGAAAAUCCUUAGGGUGCACCUUCACGUCAACAAAAACACUGGAGUUUUUGAAAACUGCUGCGAAUCGAAUUAAAAACAAAAUAAGCGACGAGCUUCAAGGUAAACUAUUUUCAUUAAAAAUAGACUCGGCUUCUCGUCACGGACGGCACAUUCUUGGGAUAAACGCUCAGUUUAUGAAGGAUGACCAAAUCAAGGUUAGAACUCUUGGAAUGGUCGAGGUUAAGAAAAAACAGACGGCAAAAUUUUUGAAAACCAAGAUACUGGAUGUGUUAAGCAUAUAUAACGUUGGACUUAAAAACGUUUUUUCCGUCACAUCGGAUAAUGGGUCAAACAUGUGCGCUGCUGUACGCGAAUUGCAGAGAGCAAUUGCCGAAGAGCAUGAAGAUGAGAACGGUGAAAUGGAGCAUUGGGAAGUUCUUUCGAAUGUUCUAGACGAGUUCAAGGACAGUGUAAGCUUAGUGAGGUGCGCUGUUCACACAAUGCAGCUUGCCGUUACUGAUGUUACAAAGCUGUACGAGGACAAUAUAAAAGCAGUGACUAACAUCGCCAAAGCUUGCCGCAAAAUUUCCUAUGAAGCGUAUUUCGAGGCAGAAGGGCAAGCGCUGCCGCCGUUAUACGCAAAGACAAGAUGGGGUGGAGUCUUUAAAAUGGUAGAGCACUUCAACAAAUUUGAAACGUUCUACGUUAAGUUGGGUGCAAUACACAAAGAACUAGAUUUAGAUAACAAUUGGAAAUUCGUCAAUAACUUCGUGCAAGCUUUUUCUCCAACUUACGAGGCUACAAUCAAAUUUCAGGAUAAGCACGUUGGAUUGUCGGAUUUCCAUAUGUUAUGGAUCAACACGAUCCGAAUGACGAAGUUAAUACACAAUCCAAUGGCAGAAGAACUUUCAAAGAAUCUCUUGAAACGAUUGGAGUCUCUAAAAGAAAACAUGCCGUUCAAAGCCGCCAUUUUGCUGGAUCCCCGAUUUUACUAUGAGGAUUCACGUGUGUUUACUCCUGACGAGAAAGAGCAAAUACGGAAAUUCAUUGUCAAUACAUCGGCCCGUAUCUCCAAUUUAAAAGGUGAUACACAACCUGAAAAUUCCAUUUUUGAAGUGGCCUCCUCAAAAGACGACUUGGACGAUUAUUUAACGACUUUAUAUGGAGGUUCACUUCCCAGCUCCAACCGAAAUUCGCGAAAAAAUACGAUAACAGAGCAACUGAGUGUUCUAGACGUCGGUACACGAAAAGAACACAAUUUUGAUGUUUGGAGCAGCUGGCAGGAAAAAAAAUAACAUGCAAAGAACUGUUUGAGGUGGCCGAAGUAGUUUAUGCGGUCCCCUCAACACAAGUCUCAGUCGAACGAGCCUUCAGUGCGCUGGCACUUAUUUUGUCAGACAGGCGGCUAUCAUUAGCAGAAUCAACAUUAGAGGAUAUUCUCAUCGCGAAAUUGAACCCUGAGUUAUUUGAUGAAGUUUUAAUCGAUUAAAUGACUUUAUAUUUCUUUUUUUUUCGUUGUUAACUAUUAAUAAAAAAAACUGUUGGUUAUACUAAAACAAAGGUUUAAAAAUCCUU